UAAUGGAUAAGACCAAGGAACAGAUCUAAGAAUACUUCAAUAUUUUUGAUAAGGAUGGAAGUGGCACGAUAGAAAAGGAGGAAAUUAAGGAAUUGGCAGUCAAUGUUGGCUUAAAUUGGAAUGAUUAGAAGUUGAAUAAAGUUAUAAUUCUUAAUAUAAUAGAUCAUAUAAGCUCUUGAUACAAAUGGAGAUGGUAAAAUUUCAUUUGAUGAAUUUUAUGAAUACUUUUUAUAUGGAGAAUAGAAACAAAUGGAUAAAUUGAUAUAGAAGAAAUUUAAACAUAUUAAAAAUGUCAAAAAUCUUCACAAAAAAUUGAAUUAAGAAUAUGGUAUGUUAAUUUUAUUUAAGAAUCUUAGCACAUAUCUUUAAUAAAAAUAAUGAAGAAGGAAAAUCAUAAUGUUCUGUAUCAUUGAAUGUUGGAGAGAAAUCUCAAAAUAAAUCAGCUUUAGAAUUUGCAAUUAGAGUUGGUGAAGAGAAUAAGAAUUUUUCAUAAUCUCUUUUGAAAAAUUUCCCAUAUGCAGGAGAUCAUGUAUAUUAUUAUAUCUAAAUUAGAUUGUUUCAAUAGUUUUUGGAUUUAAAUGUUAAAAUUCUGAUGCAGUUUAAGAAAAAUUUGAAGUAUUUUUUGAAGGCAUAAUUGAUUUGGCUUUAAAUAUGAUACCAGAUGAUAUCUCUUAAAAAAUAGCAAUGUUCAAAAAUGAUUUAAAAAUUGAAUACAAAGCAUUGCCUGAUGAAUUGUUGGUUCGAUUCUAUGUGAAUAAUGAAUUAACAGAAAAUGUUCUUGUAGCAUAUAGAUUGAUAUCAGGAAUGUUUAUUCAAGAAAAUAGUUCUGUCUUUGCCAACCUAAAACUUUGUAAAAGAUUUAUAGAUAAUUAGAAUUUUCUGCAGGAUUAGCAGAUAUUGGUGCUUCACCUAAUGAGAAUAUUAUAAAUUGGGUAGCCAAAGGAUUCUCAGCUAGUUUUGAUGCCACAGCCUCAAGUGAUCUUGUAAAUUAUUUUUAUUUAUUAAUAACAGAUCGAAUGUGCUCGCUAAGCACAUUAUGCAGCAAUUGGAAAAUAUUUUGAAUCAUAAAAAGUCAAAGUCUUAGAAUAAUUAACACCAUUAACAUUAAUGAAUAAUGCAAGAUUACAAUUCAAUUUCUAAUCAUAUGAAUAAUUUGUUUAGGAAAUGGAAAUACCUGAAUUAAAUCAAGUCAAUUUUUCAGUUGCAGUAGAUUAAGCAAAAGGAGCUAAUAUUAAUGAAUUAAUUGGUGGAAUUCCAUUUGUUGGUGAAUUAUUGGAUAUUUUAAGAGUUGAAGGAAAUGGUAAAUAUAAAUAUCUCUAAAUUUUAGGAUAAAUAUAAUUGGCAGUGAUUUCUUAAGAAGCCUCAUUAUCUAUUACAGCAUCAGGAGAAGGAGCAGCCUUGAUUUGGGAAAAGCUUAUUUGAU